GACCUAGCAACAAUCAGCUACCUAGCAGAACUAGAUGACGUCACCUAGCACAAACUGCGUGAACAAUGGUGGGAAAGCCGGAUCCGAGUGGCAAGUGUUAGACGGAGGAGCGAAUCUAAUAAGCUCCGGCUUCAACGUAGUGUGGGCCGUCAACCGAACUCUUCAAGUCUUUUAUCGACGUGGCAUAUCUGAUGCGAACCCGAUAGGAAUUGUCUGGGAAAACGUAGGCGGUUACUUCAUUUGGAUCAGUGUCAAUUCCGUCAACAACGAGGUGUGGAGCUUAACCGAUCGUCAAGAAGUUGUCCGCCGUCUGGGUAUAUCCGCGACCGAUUACGUCGGUGUGGGCUGGUCAGGCGUACUACAAGAGGCGAUCAAGGUGGUGUCCGUUGGUCAGGCAGGAGUCUGGACAGUAAACAGUGCGAACGUUGUCUUCUACAGAAUCGGCACCGGAAACGGAAUCGGAGGUGAAGGUACUGGCUGGGAACUGGUGGAUGGCUCACUGAAGCAGGUUUCCUCUGGUGAUGGUGUCGUGUGGGGCGUGGAUGAAAACAACAAUAUCUUCAAACGCACCGGUAUAAAUGAUACAAAUCCGACUGGAAUCGAGUGGGAGCCUAUUUCCGAUACACUCAGCCAAGUGAGCGUGAGUUCAGCGUCGAACUUCGUGUGGGGACUGGACGGUGGCAGUGUAUAUCAACGCAUGUUCUAACAACGCAUGUACAAAUACCUUCAAAUUUUAUUGUUCGUAGUCGUUGCCCUUCAAAUAUUCUUGGUACGUGCUUAAUUUUAGCACGUAUGAAUACAUUUAAAAUAGAAUAACAACGGUAGUUAUAGCUGUAUAUAUAUAAUGCUGGCUAUUGGUCAGAGAGCUAGGCUGGUCUGCAGCUUAAAAACAACUUAAAAAAAUAAUGUAUCUAUAUGUACGAAACAGAGUCGAUAUUAGUGACACGAUAUAAAAAUCAUGGAACCUUCUUCAACGUCAGUUCUUGGCGAGGCUAUACAUUUCACAUCGAAGUUCUAAACGUGGUAUAAUACUUUUAACAUAUUUUAUUAGACGUGUGCAUAUUAGUAGCGCGUCGUCUUGGCAGGUGUGAAUAGAUAGAUCUAUGAUUGAUCUAUUAUUAUUCACUCCUGUUAUUAGUAGGCCUAUAUAGCGCAUGUUCUCCGUCGAUGUUACCUGUCAUAUAGAUAUUGAAAAGUCAUAUCAGUGCUUUGUGCAGAGUAAAUGAUGUCGGGUAUGUAGCAUUAAUGAACUUAACCUCACGCUGGUUCAUUGGGAUCAUCGCGAACCAGCCGUUACAUAUAAUGUAUGCACAAUAAAAACCCGUGGCCUGAGAA